GAGUUGAUAGCAACCCUUUCCUACGUAGGCAUGAUCAAUGGGCAAAUACAUCGUCUUUCAGAAACACUCCUUUUUGCUUUCAUCUGGGUUUUCUCCUCUUGCAGCUGAAGCUCCAAGCCCUCCAUCACCAACACUUGGACCGCAUGGACUUUGGGAAUGAGACUGAGAGCAGCCGUCUUACUACCUUCCGAGAGCAAGUUCAGCACCUCAGCAAUGAAAACGUAAGUGUUUGGUUUCAAACGAGUCUUCUGUUGCCUUCCUGCUCCCCAUAGCCUCCACCUUUUCCCACCUGGUGCCUUAGAAUCAGAGACUCAUAUAAUUGAAGAAUUGGAAGGGACCUCGUGUCAUCUAGCCCAACCCCCAGCAAUGCACAAAUCACAGCUAAAAAGCACCCAUGACAGAUGGCCAUCCAACCUCUGAGAUGGCUAUUGAACCUCUUUAGUCCUUAUUGGACUACAACUUAUUAUUAUCAUUCAAUAUCAUUAUUUAUUAUGUAAUAUUUAUUAUUAUUUCUCUAUUUACUCAUAAACAUUGCUCAAAGUGACUUACAAACACAGUAGAAAUAAUAAUAAUAAUAAUAAUAAUAAUAAUAGUAAGACAAAAUGCAAUAUAUUAGGGGAAAUGGGGUUGUUGUGGGGUUUUUUUUAAAAAAAGUGUAUAUUAGGCAAACGGCACACAAAAAUGUAUUUAUUAGGACAAUCUGGUACUAAAAUACGGAUGAAUUUUCAUGAGGACUCCCCGCCCCCCCCAAACAAACUGAUAAGGAAAUUGAAUUUAAGAUUUGGAAUAUGGGAAAAUGAGAUAAAUUGAAUUGGACCAAUUUGCCUGUGCCUAGUCUGAAUUCCGUGGGCUGAAUAUGUUUUCCUCCCUUCCAUGCAGGUUCAGCUGCAAGACAGGAACGAGAGGCUCUGCGCCAAACUUGGGGAGCUGCAGGAGAAAAUGGGGCAGGUGGCUGGCUCCAAAACCGACUUGUCAUCAAGACUGGUUCAUAGUGAAGAGGAGAAACUCAAGGUAAGGCAUAGGGCAAGGUCCCUGCUGCACAGAGACAAUUAAUAACACUUUGUUUCUCUCACGUUUACUUCCAGUUGUUCAAAAUGCAUCACACACAGUGCCUUGGUCAUGGUCUUAUGGCAGCCCUGCGAGGUAGGGGUGAGAAAACAGUGACUCUCAGACCCUAACUGGCGUAAUUUUAUUAUUCAUUUCAUUUAUUUAUUUAUUGUAUUUACAUGCUACUCUUCAUCCCCAAGGAGGGCAGCAAACAAAAAUCCUUGUUAAAGACACUAAAACAUUCUAAAACAGAUAGAAACACUCUAAAAACAAUUCCAAAAAAAUCUAAAAGCAGUGCAGACGGGGGUAGAUUUUUGUAAUAUGGUGCCCUGAGCGAGGACAAAAUUUGGUGUCUGUCCCUAAAUAUUUCUUAUUUUCAUAAUAAUUCCUUUUGGAACAGAGUUUGUUAAAAGUGCCCUUCCCCUUCUCACUUCCCAUUACAGUCAUACCUCGGGUUGAAUACGCUUCAGGUUGAGCGCUUUUCGGUUGCGUUCCGCGGCGACCCGGAAGUAACAGAACACGUUACAUCUGGGUUUCACCACUCGCACAUGCGCAGAUGGUCAAAAUGACGUCACACGCACGCAUGUAAGCAGCUAAUUGCGACCCGCACACGCGCAGUCGCGGGUUGCAUUCGCUUCAAGAUGUGAACGGGGCUCCGAAACGGAUCCCAUUCGCAUCCUGAGGUACCACUGUAUGUGCAUGCUCUUGUGCAUGCUGGUUUGAAUCCAUUUUUAAGCAUCUCCGAAUGUUCUUAUGUCCCUGUCCUCUCAGAUUUCCAAGGACUUCGUUGAUUUCCAGAUUGAGACCAACAAAAUGAGAGAGCGUCACGAAGCAGAAAACUUUGAACUGAAGAAUCUGGUAAUUGACAUAACUUUUUGUCAUGUUUAUUCAUUUCCAUGGGCCUACGUUAAGUGAAAGUUCGUGGACUCCCAACCCAUCAUUUUCUUUAUUGUCUCACCGCACGACAGUGCCCAAGAUUCUUUGCAGAACCAGGGACAAGGCUUUGUAGAACCAGAUGCAGAAGCUGGGAAGAGCUAUAGUAGUCCAGGUCACAGGGGAUUGAAGACUUGUUACCAUUUCUGCGGCAGCUUCCUAAAGCCAUCCAAUCAGCAUGACAGGGGAGCUUUUUAGCCUAUGAAACUGAGCCUCCUCACCCUUUGUGCUGAUUGGAGCCAAUCAGAGGGAAAGGAGGUGAGUCAGCCACUGAGGAUUGGAUCCAAGGGUCACUCUGAAGAGCAGGGCUGGCCCAGAAUGGCCCACUGGGGUUGGCUAAGAGGGACAGGGCAGGUAGGGCAGCCAGGAAUGCUGCCAGUCAGUGUAGACUAAACUGGGCAUGAUGGAUCAGUGGUCUGAUUCAACAUAAGGCAGCUUCCUAGACAAUCCUGUUCACAUUUAUUCUAAAGACCCCUCAAAUUCUCUUCCCCCCCAAAAAAGUCUUUAGAACAUAAGUAAUAUAGAUAUUGCUCUGCUCUAGAAAGUACAAGUUCAGUGAUAGGGAGUCUCAACUGAUUGAUAGACAAUUGUUACAUAAAACAGGACGGGAAAUAACGGUCCUUGAGUAUGUAUAUAUAUUUCUUAUGCCAGAGUAUCUUUUCCAAAAGAGAAAUAUCUAGCUGCAGGAUGGAAACCAAAUAUGGCUGGAUAUGUGAAUAUUAUAAAAUGAAUCUGCAUUUGUUUCAGUAUAUUUAUCUUUAAAUAUAAAAGCCACACAAAAUCUGCCAUCGUCAUCUUCAUUUAAUUUAUACAUCGCUGAAUUCCCAAAAUGGCCUCUAAGUGGUUUCUAAAUGUAAAACCAAUUGCAAAAACCCCCCAGCUAUGCUGAGCAUCAAAGGCAAUGAUCUUUACAAAUCUCCCCUCUCCCCAAGCCUUGUUAUGACAGUUGCAUACAUUUCCCUCGCUGUAAUUUGCUUUCCCAGAUCCUGACCCUCGAGAGCCGUAUUCUGGAGGUGGAGCUCCAUGAUGAGAAGACCACUGGGGAGCGUGAUGCCUUACAAGAGCGCUUGAGUGCCCUAGAGACCAACCGCAAGGAGCUGGCAGACGAAUAUCUUGUUCUGAAGAGCAAUUAUCUUGCACUGGGCAAGGAACACGAACAGGAAGUAUGGGCCGCUCAUCUUCCGCGGAAACCUUCUUCAUCCUUGUGCAAUCUAGAUGUUUUGGACUACAACUCCCAUCAUCCAUGGUUGGGCCAUGCUUAUGGGAACUGUAGUCCAAAAACAUAUGGAGGGCACUACGUAGUGAUGGUUGUAGAGGCUGUAAAGGGUUUUAUACACCCAAAACAGCUCCUUGAACUUCUAACACAUAGAAAUUGAUAACUGGUCAGCUCGUAAUAGCUGGCUUCCAACCCAAGGGAUGGCCUGCACCUCUAUAACACACUUACCUGCUUUGCUUUGUAGGUCACUAAGAAUGAAGAGCUUAGCAGAGAGUUGCUGAACUUGGCCAAUGCCCGAGGCAACAGCCCCAAGUCCCAAGUUCAAAACAACAAGGAUUCUGUGGAGUUGGAAAGGGUGCGAGCCUUGGUCCACCGUCUCUCUGCCCGCAAAGUGAAGGUAUGCAUUUGUGGCCAUCUCAGGGACCCUCCAUGUGCUUUUUAUUGUGUGUUCAUGAUAGCAUGCGAUCCUGCUGUCCUUGCUGUUUGUCACUGCAAGAACAGAGUCCUGCACUAGAUGGGGUUUUGGCCUGAUGCAGCCGGAUCUUCUGAUGCCCUUAUCUCUUUCGUAUGCAGAAAUCUAAUGCGUUCUGUCUUCCGUGUCUUCUUGCCAUAGCCAGAAGAGGUGGUGGCUUCCGAACAUGAACGGCGGAAACUGGAGAGAAGUGUGAGUGUGCGAUGGUGAUUGUGCUGUGCUCUGAAGAGAGGCGCGAGGGAGGGCGGGACGCCAGGCAAAGCAUUUUGGUGCCUGAUAGAAAUUCAAAUCAGUUUGCUCCUGCAGCCAAUUGGAAGCCGUGCCUUGGUUUUUGAACGGUUCCAGGAGUCGAACCCUGUACAUUAGAGGGGAAAAUCUGCACCUAAAUUCUCUGGAAUUCUCAUGAGGACUUUUAAAAUGAAUGAAUGAAUGAGUGAUUGUUAUUGUUAUGCGGAAAUGUGCAGAACUGAACUUUAGAUUUGGACAGCAGUGGAGCUUAUGCCCGUGCUUCCCAGGGAGGGCGCGCUCCCGAAGGGGGUGUAGUGUGGAGGUGCCCUCCCAGGCACGGGAUAGCCGCUCGGGUUCACGGAUCGGUGCGCGCGCCCUGCAGCCGGGGGCGGAGCGAGCCACUGAUGGCAGACAUUCAGCGACUCCCAAGCCUCCCCCAGCUGUCAAAACGAAGGGGGGAGGCACAGCUCUCCCCUUCCCCCGAUGGCUCGGAGUCGGGGUAGGCUUGGGAGUCGCGGGUGGGCGGCGCGCCAAAUGUCACCCCCCCCCAGCGAAGACACCUGGGAUGACUCGCCUCCACCGCAUACCCCCUCCUCUGCCCCUGGAUUUGGAUAAAAAAAACCAAUUCUCCCCCUCUCACAACACUACAAUUAAUGGUCAUCCAAUGAAGCUGAAUGUUGAAAGAUUCAGAAACAGAUUUUCAAAAAGUCUUUCUUCACAAAGUGCAUGGUUAAACUCUGGAACUUGCUCCCGCAGGAGGCAGUGCUGGUCAUCGACUUAGGUAAAGGUAAAGGGACCCCUGACCAUUAGGUCCAGUUGUGGCUGACUCUGGGGUUGCGGCGCUCAUCUCGCUUUAUUGGCCGAGGGAGCCGGCGUACAGCUUCCGGGUCAUGUGGCCAGCAUGACUAAGCCGCUUCUGGUGAACCAGAGCAGCGCAAGGAAACACCGUUUACCUUACCGCCAGAGUGGUACCUAUUUAUCUACUUGCACUUUGACGUGCUUUCGAACUGCUAGGUGGGCAGGAGCAGGGUCCGAGCAACGGGAGCUCACCCCGUCGCGGGGAUUUGAACCGCCGACCUUCUGAUCAGCAAGUUUUAGGCUCUGUGGUUUAACCCACAGUGCCACCCGCGUCCCUGGUCAUCAACUUAGAUAGCUUUAAAAGAGGAUAGGACAAAUUUGUGGAGGACAAAGGCUAUCAGUGGAUACUAGUCAUGAUGGCUAUGCUCUGCCUCCACAGUUGGAAGCAGUAAUGCUUCUGAAUACAGUGGUACCUCGGGUUACAGAAGCUUCAGGUUACAGACGCUUCAGGUUACAGACUCCACUAACCCAGAAAUAAUACCUCGGAUUAAACUUUGUUUCAGGAUGAGAAAAGAAAUUGCAUGGCGGUGGCGCAGCGGCAGUGUGGGGCCCCAUUAGCUCAAGUGAUGUCUCGGGUUAAGAACAGUUUCAGGUUAAGAACAGACCUCCGGAACGAAUUCAGUUCUUAACCUGAGGUACCACUGUACCAGUUGCUUGAAACAACAGAAAGGAAGACUGCUUUCGCACUCAGGACCUGCUUGAGAGUUUCCUACAAGCAUCUGGCUGACAACUGGGAGAAUAGGAUGCUGAAUUGGAUGGGUCAUUGGCCUGAUCCAGCAGGCUCUUCUUAUGUUCUCAAUACAGUGGUACCUUGGGUUAAGAACUUAAUUCAUUCUGGAGGUCUGUUCUUAACCUGAAAACGUUCUUAACCUGAAGCACCACUUUAGUUAAUGGGGCCUCCUGCUGCCGCUGCGCGAUUUCUGUUCUCAUCCUGAAGCAAAGUUCUUAACCUGAGUUACUAUUUCUGGGUUAGCGGAGUCUGUAACCUGAAGCGUAUGUAACCCGAGGUACCACUGUAUGUAACUAACCGCUUCUUCUGUUCUUCUCCCACCUCCAAGCUUUUUGGAAACCAGGAUCACAUCACUGCACAGAUUGAAAAGAUGAAAGAAAUGUACAACUCACAGCAGCAGAAGUUAGAGGAGAGAGUGUGAGUACGAGCGCCCAGCCUAGCCCCCCACCCCCACCCCCUGAGCGAAUCAGAGGGUUAUAUUCUCCGCAAACUUGCAUUGGUAUUCUGCCGCACCGCUCCUUGUCUCUGCAGGGUGACCCAGGGCAAGGACCUGCAGGAGGCCAAGAAGGCGAUCCGGAACACGCAGCACAAGCUGGCGGAACAGUCGGUGGUAAGGAAACCUUGGAAGUCAAAGCUGAAGUACACCGUCAGCAGGAUUUAUGGAUCACUAGGGAUGGGGGAGAAGUUCCAUUCACAUUUAAAGGCCCGUUGACCUAAUUUGCACUUUCUGAAGCAAUAUGCCAGCCAAAGAAAACAGUCGUCCUUCAAAAUGGGCACUUCUCCACAUUUUGCAAUGCCGUUCUCCAGCCAAGUAAUGUGUAUGAAGAAUGCAAAUAUUUGGGCAAAGUGUGCACAUAUUUUUGAAAAGAACAUAUAAAAAUGCAUUCUCUUGGGGAACACUGCUUUGCAAAAAUGUGCAGGUUGAGUAAAAUGGCAUGUAUAUGUUUGGAGAAACUUGCACUAAAAGGCUGAUGGAUUUUCAUGAGGGUUAAAAAAAAUAAUCACAAAUUUAGGUGGAAAUGUGGAAAGCUGAAGACUGGGGGGGGGGGGAAGGAGAAACAAAAAUUGAAAGAUUUGCACAUCCAUAUGAACUCCUACAGUCUUUAAAUUCUGAAGAGGCUAUUGAAGUUUGGGAACCUAAAAGCAGUUUCACGCAACAUCCUCAAACGCAUAGUUAAUACAACGAAGUUGCUUGCCAAAUGCCAAUGAGUUCCAGAGGGAAGGUGCUGUCACACUGAAGGAUCCUUACAAGUGUGGAACGGACUUCUAGUUUACAGAAUGGGCUCUUAAUUUACAGAUUGCAGGUGUGAUGCUUUUGGACAGAUGAUCAGCCAGUAGCUUGCACCACUUCAGAUUGUGGGUGGCAGAUUUAAUGCUCCUUGACAUCAGAAACUUAUUCCACAUGCAGUGCAAUGCCAUGUACACAUAUGGAAAACAUCUAAAGCCAGUAUAAUAACAAAUUCAGGAAACAGAGUAACAAAUGAAAAAUGAGAUGAGCUGAAUUUAGAAGCUUGCUCCUUCCUUGUCCUCUUGCCUUCUCGUUCACAAAUCCCCCUCCCUCAAGGGAUGGAUUAAUCUGUCGCUUUUGACUUCUCUCAGUUUCACAUUUUGUCCCAACCUUCAGAUCAGUUUGCCACAUUUCCUCAUCAGUUUUUUAUUUAUUUGUUUUUAAACAGGCCUUGUGAAAAUGCCUCGACAUUGCAGGGCACUGUUUUCUAAUAUACACAUGUUCUGUUCUUAUUUAUUAAUUUAUAUGCCGCUUGAUUGCCAAAGGAAGCUUCUAAGCAGUUUGCAAAAUAUUAAAACUAAUUUACACAAAUGUUAAAAUGCAAACACCCGUAAUAAUUACACUGUCUAUACACUCAAGCAACCCCAUUAAAACAUAAACAUCCCUAAUGAAAAUCUACUAUAGAUUUUGGGAAUUUGUUUGUUUGCUGUGCAUUGGGACACCUCUUAGGACACCGUAAGGAAAUUUUGUAUGAUGGUUCCUGAGAGCAAGGAGCAGGUUUUCAUCUAGGUUUGGAUACAACUGGAUGCCAAGAUGGCGGACAGAACCGCUCAAAACUGAAUUGACUUUUUUGGUUUCAUAUUAUUCCCGAACAACACUAGGCACUGGUCUACUAGUACAUAAUAAAACAAUCCAUUCAAACAACAACACAGCAGUUGAAACAGGAGGCUUGGGUCAAGAGAACGCCUGUGUAAAUAGGUGCAACCUCAAAAGCCGGCAGAAUGCCAAUACAGAUGAUGGCAUCUCAUAUUUCAACAAGAUUGUGUGCCAUUUUGCCUGCAGGUAUUACUCUCGUCCCAAAGCCAGCUCCAAGAAGUGGAGGCAGAAAAUUCCCGGCUUCAGCUGCAGCUGAAGGAAUUGAACGAGGAAUACAGGUCGCGGCUCCUUCAGUACAUCACAGAUCUGGCGGUGAGCAGUUCUCUUUUGGGUGGGUGGGUGGCAGAUGUGCCAGAGCCUGGAUCUUCUCCACCAAAUCUCAGAGCAGCUGGUGGUGGUCCAAGCAGACAGUGCUGGGCUUUGAUGGCCAAACCAUCUGACCCAGCAUAAGGCGGUUUCCUGACUUCCAAUCCCAGCCAGGAUAGUGGCAGAAUUAUGGAGCUUGGAAGAGGGCAAGCCUGGACCAGGAAAUCAGGAAGAGACAAUGGGAAACCUUUCCUGUGCCUGGAUUCUUUAGGGUCACCGGAGACUGGAUUCCUCACAACACUUUAGUGUGCUCCCAUUCCCAGUUUCAAAAUAAAUGGGACAUGAAUGGGGAACCCUCAGGUCUGGAGGAGCCAAUGGUCUCUCUAUCUGCCUCCAAAGCCACAGCCCUUACCAGCUCUGCUAUGCACCUUCUUUGAGUGCUUUUGCCUGGCUGGAAUGUGUCCAUGAACCCUGAAUUUGCAUGUGUUGCUCCACCCACUUCUGCCUCUGGUCCCGCCCACCAGGGUCAUGUGUCAUCUGGAAGGUUGUCCAGAAGAGACUGUGGUGUUUGGUCUGAAGAUUCCCCACUCCUGUACUGAGCUAACAUAUGAGACUGUCUCUGUGUGUCUGUGUUUCAAGGAGCACAUGGACAGCAAGUCAGUUGCCGCUGCAGCAAAAGGGACCAGCAAAAGCACCUUCAAACCGGCUCACAUGAAGCGCUUUGUGGAUGGCAUGCUGCAGGACAUCCGGGCUUCGUACAAGUCUAGGGAGGAACAGCUGGCCAAAGCCACUCGCGGCUACAAGAAACGCCUGCAGAACUUGGUCAAGAGGCACGAGGGCCUGCUCAUUGCGUACAGGUAGGGGAGAGGCCACAUUGCAAGGCAGCAAUCCCGCUAGCGCCGGCAGUUAUUCCUGCAGUGACCAUAGCAUAGGCAAAUCCCCUAGUAAAGGUAAAGGGUAAAGGGACCCCUGACCAUUAGGUCCAGUCGUGGCCGACUCUGGGGUUGUGGCACUCAUCUCACUUUAUUGGCCGAGGGAGCUGGCGUACAACUUCCGGGUCAUGUGGCCAGCGUGACUAAGCCGCUUCUGGCGAACCAGAACAGCACACGGAAACGCCGUUUACCUUCCCGCCAGAGCGGUACCUAUUGAUCUACUUGCACUUUGACGUGCUUUCGAACUGCUAGGUUGGCAGGAGCAGGGACCGAGCAACGGGAGCUCACCCCGUCGCGGGGAUUCGAACCGCUGACCUUCUGAUCAGCAAGUCCUAGGCUCUGUGGUUUAACCCACAGCGCCACCUGCGUCCCUAAAUCCCCUAGUGCCGGUGGUUAAAUCCUACCCCUGGUAAGAGGCAAUCCCCUAGUGCAGAAAGUUAGUCAGUAGAAUCCAGACACCAAUUGUCAGUAAAACAGGAUCUUUAUUUAGGCACUGAAAGGCCGGUGCCACACAACCUCAACCAGCAAGUAGUUGAGGGGUGGCACACCAAAUAUGAGAACAGCACAUGCGUUUAUAGUUACCAGCAAAGGGACAGUUCUGUCUAUAAAUGGCAAUAUUUCCUUCUACUAAAGUCUACUGGGUUUCAUUGUGAGACAUCAAAACUCUUCUCUUCUCCUCCCUCCUGCUUCCUUAUAGCAAUAUCUCCUGCGAACGUGUUGUUCCGUCCUUCUCUCAUGUUUUCUUGCAAACACAACCUUCACAUUCCAACCUUCACACGCAACUUCAACUUCCAUUCUAUAAUCAAUAUUACAGUGUCUGGAACUGAGGGAAUCCCCAUAGUGCUGGCAGUUAAAUCCUACAGGGGCUUGAUCUGUGGCUCCAUCAUUUUCGGUGGUUGCGCAUCCCUAAGAGUCGAUUCAUCAGUUCAUCUCAAUGCACAUGGAAGCUGUCUUUGAUGCGUCUAAUGAAGUGGGCUCUCUGGCUUAUGCAAACGUACAAUGAAACUUGCUGAGGACUUUAAGGUGGUGUGUGCAUGCGCACUUGUGCUGCGUAUCACUGUGAAUAUAUGAUUGGGAAAUCCACUUCUUUGCCAUGCCUAAGGGCUGAUCUGUAACCUCUCUGUUUGCAGGAUGCAGCGUGAACAGAUUCGGUCGCUGGGCAGCCACGAUCUGGAUCCUGGCCCACCAGAACACCAUUUCACCAUCACAGACGCCGAGCUGCUGACGAGCACCUCUCAGGAGCUGAACCGGCUGCGGGAGGAUAAAGCCAGCUUGGAGGGCCAACUGCAUGAACUGCAGAUGAAGGUGAACAGGGGUGGACUUUGUUCCCUGGACGCUGGGCCCUUCUAAUGGAGGAGCCUCUCUGUUUGGCCCUGGGGCCCUGGCCACGCCCUCUUUCCCCAGGCCACACCCACUCACCAGCCCUGCAGUAUUACACUUUUGAAAUAUACUCGGAGUCGAGAGUAGAUUUCAUGCUCUUUAUUCAGCUCAUAGUGGUGAGGAGGAAUGGAAGUUUCCCGCACAAUAUCUGCUUUAUAUACAUUAUUUACACAAUGGGCUGCAUGUGAUUGGCUAAUUCCGGAAUUCUCCUGUAGGCCAAUCAGGUUGUGGAUUCACUUCCACCUGGAGCUGGAUUGGGUGGCUCCUGCGGACCAAUCAUACUGCUGCAUUGUUCUAGGACCAAUCAGACUGCUGCAUUCUGAAUCCUAUUGUUCUAGGACCAAUCAGACUGCUGCAUUCUGAAUCCUAUUGUUCUAGGACCAAUCAGACUGACCAGUCAGACUGCUGCAUUUUGGAUCCUAUUCAACUCAGUACAUAACAACCUUCCUUUCCCCCCACUGUCUGUCCCUGAACUCUGAUAAAGCCCGUUGCUUGUAUGGAGAAGGGUGGGUGAGUUUGUUUAGAAACUAGCCUUCUGUACAAAGGUGACAUUGAUAUUCACGGUUCUGCCGCUCAGUGGCAUGUGGCCCCAGGAAGGUUGUGCAGAAGAGAAUGUGGCCCUCAAGCUGAAAAAGACCCCAUGCCCCCAAAAUGGAAGUUUUGAUCAAAUCAUCACCUUCCCCCCUGCUUUCCCUUACAGGUAAAGUUAAGUCAAAAUGCUGAUUCAGGGACAUCACCUCCGCAGUAAGUACUGUUUCUUCCUGUACAUCAGGGCUGGGGAAUAUGCAACCCUCCAAAUAUUCUUGGAUUCCAUCAAUGUUACACCACAUUGACAUAGCAUAAUACCACAACCACACAUCCACAUCAUGAAACAUAACAUAGUAGCACAAAACACCACACCCGCAUAAUGAAACAUAAUACCACAUCCACAUAGUGUAAUGGACUUUGGUAUGCUGAGAUGCAGGCGAGAGAAAUUCACUUCCUUUCUCCUGAGUUUACAGCAGCUAACAUGACCUCUAGAGGGAGAUCUUGCAGCCCUAAACAAAUUUCUACGUUAACCAGCACACAAUGCAUUCCUCGGUUCAUACCAUCCUUUCUAUACAGUCAGAACUCCCCAAACAUCAAAUGUGACCUAUAUUUUGCUUAUGCAGUCCCCGGACAGGCUACGAAGAACUUUCCCACGGCUUGCCUGCAUACUUCCUCGCAAUUAGAUCACCUAUCCUCACGAUUUAAGCCACCCCAGUGAAAUAAGUGGAUUUACCCAGAAGCAUAGUAAUGGAAUUUGCAAAUACAUAAAUGGAAGAGUUGCAUUCCAGGGCUUCUGUCCCUCCCUUUCUCACCAGCCGGAGCCCAUUGUUUUAUAGAAUGCUUUGCCUCGUGCAAUAUGUGGGGCUGUUAACAUGACUUUAUAUUUGCUCAUCUGACCAUCUUUGGGGGGGAAGAUAGUUCUACUAGGGGCAGCCAACAUGGUGCCAUCCAGAUAUUGCUGGACUCCUAGCACCCAUCCACCCUGUGACCAUGAGCCACACUGGCUAGGGCAGAUGGGAGCUGGAGUGCAGCAACAUCUGUAGGGCACCAUGUUAGUUUCUCCUGAGGGUCUGGGCAAGAGAUAGAGCAGCCUUUGCCAACCUGGUGCCCUCCAGAUGGACAUUAGGUCAUCUCAUGCUGAUAUCCAGUCAUCUAGUUCUCAUUUGUCUUUUUCAGGAAUGAUACUUGAUAGUGAAUUACUUGUGCCCUGCAGGAAACAUUCUUAAUUUCAUACCAUACUUGUGCCUCCUCCAGAUAUUUUGGGCUACAAUUCCCAUCAUUCCCAGCCAGUUUGGAUGUGCUGGCUGUGGAUAAUGGGUGUUGUACACCAAAAACAUAUGGAGGCUGACGAGUCACAUGAAGAAAUGGAUGGCUUGCUGACAGGGCUCUUUCCAGUUCCCUUUUGCUCCUUUUUCUUUUCAGCACGCUGGACGAGGCGGGCUGGGCUGAGCUCCGGAAACAACUGCGAGAGUUCACUCAAACCACACAGGUAAAACACUCUGGUAACACAGUAAAGCCAAUAGUGUCAAUACACUGUGUGUGUGUGUGUGUGUGUGUGUGUGUGUGAGAGAGAGAGAGAGAGAGAGAGAGAGAGAGAGAGAGAGAUCAUAUUCCAUACAGUGGUACCUCGGGUUACAUACGCUUUAGGUUACAUACGCUUCAGGUUACAGACUCCGCUAACCCAGAAAUAGUGCUUCAGGUUAAGAACUUUGUUUCAGGAUGAGAACAGAAAUCAUGCUCUGGCGGCACGGCGGCGGCAGGAGGCCCCAUUAGCUAAAGUGAUGCUUCAGGUUAAGAACAGUUUCAGGUUAAGAACGGACCUCUGGAACGAAUUAAGUACUUAACCUGAGGUACCACUGUAUUCAUAUUCUGCUGGAUCAGUUCAAUGACCCAUCUAGUCCAGCAUAUAACAAUUUGUACCCCGCCCAUCUGACUGGGUUGCCAAUUCUCACAGUGGCAAACCAGAUGCUUGUGGGAAGCCUGCAGGACUUAAAACUCAAUUUAAGUUAUGCGUGCAAUAAGGAUUAAGUAUGGAUUUCAAUUCAUACCUGCUCUUUCUUUCCCCCUUUCAAGUAAUAUCCCAUCCAUUAUGAACAGCACAUAUUUUCAAAUAAAAACUCCCCCUUGAAACCACAGAGAUAUGUUGGUAUAAAGGCCAAGCGAUGGUUCCUGAAUCUAGACCUGAAGUCUAGAACUAAGGCCCGGGGGCUGGAUCCGGCCCAGUCGCCUUGUAAAUCUGGCCCGUGGUCAGUCUGGGAAUCAGCAUGUUUUUAUAUGAGGAGAAUGUGUCAUUUUAUUUAAAAUGCAUCUCUGGGUUAUUUGUGGGGCCUGCCUGGUGUUUUUACAUGAGUAGAAUGUGUGCUUUUAUUUAAAAUGCAUCUCUGGGUUAUUUGUGGGGCAUAGGAAUUCAUUCAUUCCCCCCCCCAAAAAAAUAUAGUCUGGCCCCCCACAAGGUCUGAGGGACAGUGGACCAGCCCCCUGCUGAAAAAGUUUGCUGACCCCUGCUGAAGGGUGUUUGGCAGUCUGGGUCUUUGUCCUGUUCUAUUCAUCUGCCAAAAGCACAAGGCCACAAAGCACAGCUAAGCGGCAGAACAUCUACUUUGCAUCUGGGGGGCUCCACACUGGCUACCUCUGUUUAAUAGGACAGAGUGGUUUUGGUACCGUCCUUGUUACUUCAUUUUCAUUUAUUAAUUUUUAUACUGCUUAAUGCCAUACCAGGCAUCCGAGCACUUGGAAAGUAUAAAAAUCAACCACAGAAGCAUUAAACUAUAAGAAUCCAUAAUUAAAACACACAGUAAAACAAUCCCAUUCAGAGAAACAUCCAUAAUCAGAGCAGGCAAUUCAACAAUCCCAUUGAAGCAGCAAAGUGAUUAAAAACAAGAGGCAGUGAUAUCAAGGGAGCGCCUGUGUAAAAAGGGGCAUCUUCAAAAGCCAGCAGAAUGCCAGUGCAGAUGGGUUGCUCUCAUAUAUCAAGCAGGAAGUGCUGUUUCAUUGUUUUAAACUCUGUGAGCUGCCUUAUAUAAUUAAUUAAUUUAAUAAUAAUAAUAAUAAUAAUAAUAAUAAUAAUAAUUUAUUUGUACCCCGCCCAUCUGGCUGGGUUUCCCCAGCCACUCUGGGCGGCCUCCAACAAAGACCAAAAAUACACCAAAAUGUCACACAUUAAAAACUUCCCUGAACAGGGCUGCCUACAGAUGUCUUCUGAAUGUCAGGUAGUUGUUUAUCUCUUUGACAUCUGAUGGGAGGACGUUCUACAGGGCGGGUGCCACUACCGAGAAGGCCCUCUGUCUGGUUCCCCGUAGCUUAGCUUCUCGCAGUGAGGGAACCACCAGAAGGCCCUCGGCGCUGGACCUCAGUGUCCGGGCAGAACGAUGGGGGUGGAGACGCUCCUUCAGGUAUACGGGGCCGAGGUCGUUUAGGGCUUUAAAGGUAAACACCAACACUUUGAAUUGUGCUCGGAAACGUACUGGGAGCCAAUAUAGGUCUUUCAAGACCGGUGUUAUGUGGUCUCGGCAGCCGCCCCCAGUCACCAGUCUAGCUGCCGCAUUCUGGAUUAGUUGUAGUUUCCGGGUCACCUUCAAAGGUAGCCCCACGUGGAGCACAUUGCAGUAGUCCAAGCGGGAGAUAACUAGAGCAUGCACCACUCUGGCGAGACAGUCUGCGGGCAGGUAGGGACUCAGCCUGCGUACCAGGUGGAGCUGGUAGACAGCCGCCCUGGAUACAGAAUUGACCCGCGCCUCCAUGGACAGCUGUGAGUCCAAAAUGACUUCCAGGCUGCGCACCUGGUCCUUCAGGGGCACAGUUACCCCAUUCAGGAUCAGGGAGUCCCCCACACCUGCCCACCCCCUGUCCCCCCAAAACAGUGCUUCUGUCUUGUCAGGAUUCAACCUCAAUCCAUUAGCCGCCAUCCAUCCUCCAACCGCCUCCAGACACUCACACAGGACCUUCACCACCUUAAAAACAUACGGGUGGAAAAAGUGGCCUAUACAAAUAAAAUUAAAAUCUGCCAGUCUACCCAUCCCUUUUUUUUUUUUUUGUCCUUCCUGCCUCUAUGGUUGCCUUCUCCCAACCUCAGGAGGAUCUCGAAAAGGAAAGGAGUCAGCUGCUGACACGGGCGAUGGUGGCAGAAGAGCAGGUAGCCGAACUGCAGGAAUAUGUGGAUAAACACCUUGUAAGGUGAGAGGUCUUUUCACCUGGGUGAGGCUUUAACUGUCAAAAUCUUUCAUGGGGCGCUCAUGUCUAAUAAUCAUACCACUUCAACAUUUUCACAAAGCAGGAAUGGGCAAUCUUUUUACAGCCCCAGGGCUGCUUUCCCAGUGACAGCUUCCCCAUCCUUGUUCUGGGUGUUGAGUCUCUUCAGCAGCUCCUCUCAGUGCCAAGUUUCCUGAACUGAGGAAUCCAGCCUGGUGAAACAGUAAUAUAGGGCUAGCCAGGCCCUUAUUGGUUCCUCCAAUCACCUGACCCCACUGGGCUGAAAAACAGUAGUACCAUCUCCCCAAUUGCCUUAUACAGCUUGGGCUGGAGGAGGAAACUAGAGGCAAUUAAGUUGGGAUAUAAAUGAUAUAGCCCAGGAAACUACCUACUCAUGAGAACCAGGUGGCCUUGGUCAGCCAAUGUCCUCCUACUGUCUCCUACACAUAGACUACCAAGCCUACUCUGCUUUCACAGUCUCUCGCCACCAAAGGUAGCCACAUGGAACCUCAUUAUUCAGGCGGUUCCAUCCACCUUAGGUACCUGAAUUUAAAUGUCUGCAUUACAUUCUCUCCCCACUGGAUUUGAUCAGGCCCUUGCAGGGAAGGUUUGCAACCACAGCAGAACUGGGUUAACGCCGUUUUCACUGUGUUGUUGUGCUGCAGGUACAAGCAGGAGAUCUUGAGGCUGCGGAAACUUCUGGGAAUAGACAGCCAUGAAGAACUAAUUGCCAGAGCUUCUAACCCUCUGGCAACUUCAAAACCCAAGAGGAAUUUCAGUAAUGAAAUGUAGUCUCUGACACCCAAGCUAUGGGAAGAAAAGGCUUUGUAGCAUCCUCAAGGAGGACUGGCACCUUGGCCUGAACAGCAGGUGGAUUGCAAUGGUUGGCUAUAUUUCCAUCCCACAGAAGAGACUCCAGGAAGCAAGUGGCUCAAUGAAGUCCUUUAAGCAACCAUUUUUGUCUUUCGUUUUUUAAAAAAAUCCUGUCCUUUGUCUAAGAGGCUCAGAGCUGUUCUUCCACCCAUAAGCUACCCCCAAAUUAUCUUCAUAAAAACCCUGGGAGGUAGGCUAGGAUGAGAAACUGUGCCUGUCGUCCACCGAUAACCAUGUUGGAGCAAGGAUUUGAACCCUAGUCUGAGACACUCAAUUCACAACAUCUUGUGAGCUCUUACAUUCCAAAUGCAUUUGCUUCUUCUUUCAGUAUUUCCAUUGCAUUCUCUCUCCCUUCUGUCUUACUCUAACCUGCUUUCAUUCUGACAUUCAGAGGCUUAUUAUCAUGUUCCAGUGAAAUGGUUAACGAAACAAGCCAGCUUCGCGGCUGAACUUGAAAAGUUGGUUUGUUUAGUAACUUGUUUAGUAACCUUGGUUGGAAUAAAACCACAAACCCUGGUUCAAAUGACAGCCUUUGAAAGCGAAACUAAACUCAGCUGAAGUCCCCACCCCCACCCCGCUUAUAUGGGAAUUACGUGUAACACCAAACCAUGAUUUAGAGUAGCUUGCAAACCAUACCACCAUGUGUAGAAAUCUGAAGUUGUACCAUGUUAGUAAAAUAAAUUACUAUCUGAUACAUUAAUCCUC